AUUGCCAUCACGAUAGGAAAUUUGGUAAAAAUGGAUCCAAGUAUCCUCUUUGGUGCUCACGAAGCAUUAAAGGAUGAAAUCCAGACUAACGGUUCAUCUUCAAAUGUCUCUCGAUCAUCUACACCUGAUGGAACAUCUUCUCGUACCAAAGCUGAAAAGAGAAAAGAGCGAAAAGCACGAAAGAAAGCCGAAGCAUUGGCAACAUCCACAAAUGAAGAUUUAAGCGAUAAAAAGAGAUCACACGAUGACACCGAUGCAUCAAAUGGGAAACCAAAUGAAGUAGCAGACAGUUCCAGCCCAUCACCUUCAGCCAAAUCAGAAACACCACGAAAACGUAUAAAAGCUGAUGCAAAGGGCAUGGAUGCUGAACCUCCUAUCUUAACGGACGAAUUCACAGCUGAAGCUACAAGAAGUAUACCCGCAACAGGAUCAGACGCUCAAAACGCUACUUCUGGACAGGAAAAUGUCGAUUCUGCCAUCCAAGCAGAAGCAUCUGGAUCUGAGAUUGGACAAUCGAAAACUACAGUUCCAGCCAAUGGUGUCAAUGGUGCUCAAGUAGGCUCGAUGCAAAUCACACACUCUGUCAGACAUCAAGUCGCUCUGCCGCCAAAUUAUCCCUAUGUUCCCUUAUCGUCACAUGUUCCGCUAGAGAAACCAGCGAAAGAAUACCCAUUCACUUUGGAUCCUUUCCAAAGAGCGGCAAUCUCAUCAAUCGAAAGAGGAGAAAGUGUGCUGGUCUCUGCACAUACUUCUGCAGGUAAGACAGUAGUAGCCGAAUAUGCUAUCGCUCAAUGCUUGAAGAACGGUCAACGAGUUGUAUAUACGAGUCCGAUCAAAGCUCUUUCAAAUCAAAAAUUCAGAGAAUUACAAAAAGAAUUCAAGGAUGUGGGUCUGAUGACUGGUGAUGUCACAAUCAAUGCUGAAGCAAGUUGUCUGGUCAUGACGACGGAGAUUUUACGUUCAAUGCUGUACAGAGGUAGCGAGAUUAUGAGAGAAGUGGCCUGGGUCGUCUUUGAUGAAAUUCACUACAUGCGUGAUAGUGAAAGAGGUGUGGUUUGGGAAGAAACAAUCAUUCUCUUGCCACGCAAAGUGCGUUACGUAUUCUUGUCGGCCACAAUUCCAAAUGCUAUGCAAUUCGCACGAUGGAUUGCUCAAAUUCACGUUCAGCCUUGUCAUGUUGUCUAUACGGACUUCCGACCUACUCCUUUACAGCACUAUUUAUUCCCUACUGGCGGAGACGGUAUCCAUCUUGUGGUAGACGAGAAAGGAACAUUCAGAGAAGACAAUUUCCAAAAAGCCAUGGGAGCACUCAGCGAUGGUCGUGGUGAAGAUCCUGCAGCAGCAGAUAGCGGCAGAGGUAAACAGAAGGGACAAACAAAGAAAGGAGGUCAAAAAGGACCUUCUGAUAUCUAUAAGAUUAUCAAGAUGAUUAUGGUCAAGAACUACAACCCUGUUAUCGUUUUCGCUUUCUCCAAGAAAGAAUGUGAAUCUUUGGCUUUGCAGAUGAGUAAGUUGGAAUUCAAUACCAAGGAAGAGAAGGAAAUGGUUUCACUCGUGUUCAACAAUGCUAUUGGUGCAUUGCACGAGGAAGACAGAUCAUUACCGCAAAUUGAGCAUAUCCUUCCACUUUUGCAACGCGGAAUUGGAAUCCAUCAUGGCGGUCUUUUGCCCAUCCUCAAAGAAAUUAUCGAACUUUUAUUCCAAGAAGGUCUAAUCAAGGUGCUUUUUGCUACAGAAACCUUCUCGAUUGGUUUGAAUAUGCCUGCAAAGACUGUUGUUUUCACAGCUGUUCGAAAGUGGGACGGAAAGGAGUUCAGAAACUUGUCAAGCGGUGAAUUCAUCCAAAUGUCAGGAAGAGCAGGUCGUAGAGGAUUGGACGACAGAGGUAUUGUGAUUAUGAUGUUCGACGAAAAGCUGGAACCUGCAUCGGCAAAGACUAUGGUGAAAGGUGAAGCAGAUCGAUUGAACAGUGCUUUCCAUUUAGGAUACAACAUGGUGCUCAACCUCAUGCGUGUUGAAGGAAUCUCUCCCGAGUUUAUGCUAGAGCGUUGUUUCUUUCAAUACCAAAGUGCAGCUUCUGUGCCCGAAUUGGAAAAUGAAUUACGUGAAGCAAAAGAUGCAGCAGAUGCCAUCGUUGUUCCUCAAGAAGAAGAGACGAAUGAAUAUUUCGAUUUGCACAAACAGCUUGACGAACUCAAUAGAAAUUUCAGAGACAUUACAACGCAUCCGGAUUAUUCUUUGACAUUCUUGCAACCUGGCAGACUCGUCAAGAUCAAAUAUGAAGAUAUCGAUUUCGGAUGGUGCUGUGUGGUUAAUUAUCAAAAGAAACAUUCUGCUGCAAAGGGUAAACCUGCAGCUCCACAAGAGUCAGAGCAUAGCCAAUAUAUCGUCGAAUGCCUUAUGCAUGUAGCAAGAGGCGGUUCUGUGCCAACGAUGAGAGAUGUCGUUCGCGGUUCGAGCACAUUGGCAUCUUCUGGUUUGCAUCCUGUUGACCCUGAUCAAGAUGGCGAAAUGGUUGUUGUACCAGUAUUACUGUCAACCGUUCAAAUGAUUUCUGGUCUUCGAUUGAAGCUGCCAAAAGAAUUGCGAUCCCGCGAUGCACGACAACAGGUGAAGCACCGAUUACGUGAGCUAUUCAAUCGUUUCCCAUCGAAAGGAAAAGACGCCAAGGGUAUUCCCUUGCUCGACCCGGUCAAGGAUAUGAAAAUCACUGAUGAUGACUUUAAGUCUUUAUUGGGUAAGAUUGCAAUUCUAGAGGAAAGGCUAUCGCAAACGGCAUUGUAUGGAUCAAAGGAUCUGCCUGCCUUAUACGAAGCAUACAAGUCCAAAGAAGAUGCAAACGAAAAGGUCAACUCAUUGAAGAAGCGUCUUGAUGAAGCACAUUCCGUGAUGCAGUUGGACGAGUUGAAAUGCCGUAAACGUGUUUUGCGUCGUUUAGGAUUCACUACGAACGAUGACAUCGUAGAAAAGAAAGGUCGGGUAGCUUGUGAGAUCAGUACGGGUGAUGAACUUUUAUUGACAGAAAUGAUCUUUAACGGUGUCUUUAACGAGUUGACUCCCGAACAAUGUGCUGCCUUGUUGAGCUGCUUCGUCUUCAACGAAAAGUCUGAACAACAGAUACGACUAAAGGAAGAUUUGGCAGGACCAUUACGAAUCAUGCAAGAUUCUGCUCGAAGGAUUGCCAAAGUAUCAAUCGAAUCACGUUUACCGGUGAAUGAAGAAGAAUACGUUGCGGGAUUCCGUGUUGAAUUGAUGGACGCAGUAAUGCAAUGGUGUAAAGGUGCCAAGUUUUCGGAAAUUUGUAAAUUGACCGAUAUUUUUGAAGGUUCAAUCAUUCGUGCAUUCAGGCGAUUGGCUGAAUUAAUUCGACAAAUGGAACAAGCAGCAAAUGCGAUAGGAAAUACCGAAUUAAAAGAAAAGUUUGAAGCUGCUCGUAGUAAACUUGAACGUGAAAAGAGUAUCAUUUUCUCACCAUCAUUGUAUCUUUAAUCAGACACUAUUACCAUUUUGUACAUUUGCGUUGUAUUAUCAUUACCCUCAAAUAUAAUAUACAUCCAAGC